AUUGAAUAGUCAUAGCAACAAUGAUACUGCAACCUAAACAUGUUAAUACACACCAAUUCUAUCCUGAUAUUCAACAAAAACGACCACCAGAAAAGAAGAAACCAAUAUUUCAAACUGCAGUCGACGAGAGUGUAAUUAAAAAAGCUAAAGAAAAACAACCUAAUAUAUUUGCUCCAGAACAAUGGGAAGAAGAAAAAAAUGUUGGUUUAACAUCACUUUCAACUGUGUUAAAAGAAAAAUUACAAGCAGUUUGGAAAAAAGCUUUAGAAUAUGAAGAAGAAGGGAAAUAUGAUGAUGCUAUUUUGUUUUAUAAUAAGUGUUUAGCUGUUGAGCCUAAUUUCGAAGAAGCUUAUAGUAGAAGAUCAGAAUGUUAUUUCCAGUUGUGCGACUUCCAAUCGGCAUUGUUAAACUUGAAAAAGUGUUAUCUUUUAAAUCGAGAACAAAAAAAUUAUUCGGAUCGUCUUGCCUUCAUAUAUUAUUUCUAUGGACAAUGUUUAUUCGAUCAGAGAAUGUUCGUCGAAGCUCUAGAUUGCUUCUCAAGGGCGGCGGAAAUCAAGCCAAAUGUUCAGGUCUAUCACAUGAGGACUAUAGCUUGUUUGUCAGCCUUAGGAAGACAUGGCGAGUGUUUAGCCUUAUUAAAUAAGCAUUUAGAACAAGAUAGAGAAAAUCCGGAUUUGUUCGUUAUGAGAGCAAGGUUGCAUAACCGUUUCCGGAACGUUACAUUAGCUUAUUACGACCUCAAAGAUGCUUUAUCUUUAAAUGAGAAUCACGGUGAAGCACAAAAAAUGAUGGAUGAUAUGAAUAAAAAAUCAGAGCAGUUACACAUGGAAGCCAUUCAUUUGAAUAUCAGAAACAGAUUAAGAGAUGCUCUUCAAAAAAUUUCCCUAGCAAUAGAAACAAAUCCAAGCCGGAGUGAAUAUCAUCUAUUAAGGGGAACUUUACAUAGAAGACUAGGUGAUUUUAAUGCAGCAAUUGAUGAUUUUCUCUUGGCUCUGGACAAGAGUGGACAUAAUGAACAGUCAGCAGUUUACAAAAAAGCUCAAAGGCAGCUACUACUAACUUAUAAUGACUUUGCCGUUGAGUGCCUUACAAAAAAAUUCUAUGAGGAAGCCAUCAUACUAUUGAAUAAAGCCAUUAAGGGUGAAAAGACUGAAAAAUCUCUAUAUAUUAAUAGGGGAGAUUGCUUUUUCAAGCAAUCUGAAUUUACCUUCGCCCUCCAGGAUUAUCACCAAGCCUUAGAAUUAGAUUCGAAUAAUGAAGAAACUCGGAAGCGUAUAGGCCAAGUUGAAAAAGAAUUUGGACUGAUUGAAUUCGAAGAAAAAAAUUAUAGUCAAGCCGAAAUAAGGUUCAGUACAGCGAUAAAAUAUUAUCCAAAAGAAGGACAGUUUUAUAUUUGUCGAGCGAGAUGUAGGAAUUUACUAGAAAAGAAGGACGAGGCUAAAUUGGAUUUAACUAUGGCACUUCAUUUGGAUCCUGAGAAUGAAGAGAUAUUAGGUUUAAUGCCAAGGCUCUUUCCAGGAAAAAGUAUUAGAGAUGUCUAUGAUAGUAGGCUGGGAGAUGAAGCCCGCAGAAUUCUCACUGGGGGAGUUAAACCGGUAAAGAGGGAUGAACAAAGUCGUAAAAAGACAGUUUUCCCUGACUUUAUUGAGAGGAAGAGGCUAAACGAUGAAGUUACGAAAAUGCUUAAAGAACGACAAGACUUGACUGCUAAAGUUAAAUUAGGAGCGAAAACUUUUAAGUCAUUUCAAAAUAAUGAUAAAAAGUAA